UUUUACUACGUUUGAUGUAUUGUUCUGUUUCAUUGUGAAUCUCUAUAAGUUUUAUCAUCUGUAUCACUCACAUCUGCGACUGCGAUGUCGAUUAUGAAGCGGAAUACAUUUUCUUUCUCAGUCGAUUACUAGAAUAUAAGUGGGUAUUUCCAUUCCAGUUUCCAUGUGUGCGACGGACGUGUUUACUAUAAUGCGCUAUUGCAGAUCCAGACCUGAUUUUUGUGUUUUUAUUUCUGCUUUUGGAAAACGCUUAUGUCAAGUGCAGUUUUAAUUGUUUAAUCAUGAUCAUAUGGCUAUGUUCAUAUGUUAUAACUUAAUACAACUGCGGACUUUUAUAGUAUUGAGUUGAAAUCGAAUCUCAGUGAUUGAAUUGGUAGGUACUCGUCUCUCGUCACGUCACAAUUCCUCAGAAAUCUGUCAAGAUCACACCAUUGUCAGGAUUGUCAGUAGAUAACUAGCCAUGGAGGCACUCUCUGCUGCUCAAGACGACAGCUCGGGAGCCAACCCCAGCAGUGUCAAGAGUGAUGACAGCAGCCCUCGGCCUGACAGUCGCUCAGGCUCCCCGCCGCCCAACUGUGCUAUAUGCCUUGGAACAUGCAAAAACAAGUCCUUCACUGAUUCCUGUUUACACCAGUUCUGCUUUUCAUGUCUUCUAACUUGGAGCAAGGUUAAAGCUGAGUGCCCUCUGUGCAAGCAAGCCUUCAGGUCAAUUAUUCACAAUGUGCGCUCCAACCACCAGUAUGAAGAGUACCUGGUGGUACAGCGACAAACUGAGGAGUCGAGCAGCAGGAUCGACAUUGACAGAGUCACCGCAGCAACACACAGGUUCAGAUACAGGACAACCCUUACACUGCCACGUCGCGAGACGAUCGCGAUCCAGCAGCUGCUGCGUCACUACCCGUUCAUGGCGGACGUGUUCCCGGGCGCUCGGCCGCGGCCGGCGCCGGCGCGGCGGCGGCGCUCGCCCGCGUCCUUCCGCCGCACCGUGUACCGACACAACCUGUGGGCGCGCCCGCUGCCCGACUUCACCGGCCGCUUCCGCGACUGUACGCCUGAGUUCUACAGGUACAAUGACACACAAAUGCACCGGCUGGUGCCUUGGCUUAACAGAGAACUCCAUUAUUUACUAAACGAAAACAUUGGCCAUAUUUCUUACGUCAUGUCUCGGAUCCUAGACUUGCUGCCACAACAUCAUAUCAACUCGACAGAGUUUAGAGAAGCAAUGCAUCGAUACUUCGGAGACAGAACCGAGCACUUCCUACAUGAGCUAUACUGCUUCGCUUCGACCCCUUAUGAUAUGACCGGCUAUGACCGCAAUGUACAGUAUACCACAGAUAGUAGAAUAUCCACAAUGGUCAACGAGGUGAUAUCGAGUUCGGACACUGAAGCAAGUGUAGAUUCGGAUAUUGUAAUGGUUUCAAGUUCAGAACCGGCCGAGGCACCCCCCGGCCCUUCAAGAUGCCCGGCACCUGUUUACCCUCAAAAUUAUAUUUCCCAGCCCACUACUAAUAACGUCAUUCCUAUAGAAACGAUAUCACAAUCGGACACCGACGACGACUCCUCAGAAGUGAUGGUCGUCGGUUAUAUAAAGCCUCCUCAGGAGAGGACGCCCGAGAUCGUAGACUUGCUGGGCUCCGACAGCGACGUCAUCGUACAGGACACUCCUCAACCGGAGCCGACUCAACCGUUGGAAGUGCCUGAGCCCCGCCCCGAACUGCGGCCCGCGCCGUCCGUGAAGCUGACGCUGAAGCGGCACCGGCCGGCGUGCAGCGAGUCGGACAGCGACGACAGCUCGUACCGGCCGCCGCCCCCGCGCCGCCGCCGCCGCCCCCGCGCCUCCGCCUCCACCAGCGACACGUGCCGCGACACCUCCGCCUCCUCCACCGCGUCUACCUCCCCCGCACCCUCCUCCACCACCGCCGAGACCUCCUCUUGUAACGACGACACCGACCACUCCAAACAUGUAGUCAAAAAGAAAUCUAAGAAAAACUCCAGUGAGAGCUCUACUAGAGAUCGAAGGAAAAACAAAAAGAAAUCACACCACAAAGAAAAGAAGAAUGCAGAGUCACCGGAAAAAGAUAAACGGAACAAGCGGAAAUCUUAUUCUGGGAAAGGCGUCAAGUCCUCGAAUAAAACGAGCAGUAGCGAGUGGACCGCCAUACCCUCCGAACAGACGAUCCCUGCCCUGGACCAGCCCAGCACCAGCGGCACGUCGAGCAGGGACCGGCGCAAGUCGAACAAGGAAAGGAAACGCCAGCGGCGCGACAGCCGCGAGAAUAGAAGACUGAGAAGUGUUGUAAAUGUUAUUAAUAGUCAUAGGAAUACUGAUGAAUCAAAUUCAAGUGCAAAUUUCAGUAAUUUUUCAAAUGUGACUGCUACCAGAAGUCGGUCCGAUGUCGAGUCCACAGCAUCCGCUUUAAAUGACUCUCGGCCUUUCAGUACAGAGUUACCUGUCGGUCACAGCGAAGUAUCGGCGACGGGUCGUCGAUUUCCGGAAACUUCGUCGGAUUCCGAAGACAACUUACCCUUGAAUCUUACGUUACAGAAAAUUGGACCGUUUACGUCGUCAUGAAGGAUAAUGUAAAAUAUAUAAUUGUGAUAAAUUAUUAAAUAAACCAUUCAAGUAGUUAUAACACGUAAGAAUUGAUUCAAUCGCUUUUUUACUUUCAACAUAGAACUGGUAUAAAUAGUAAUGUCACUGGGAAACAAUAAACCAAAGCUGUUGUGACUGCAUAUACGUUACAGUUUGUACAGUUAAUAAGUUUGUAUGUAUUCUGGAGUUCAAUCGAAAUAUUUAGCAUGUAUGUAGGGCCGUUAUCCGAAAAUAUAAUUACCGCUAGUAUCCGUGGCACAUUUAGACUACUGCAAGUUCCUUGAGUGUAACACUUCAAGACUGCAACUAAAAAUAUAAAUUCUAAACAAAUGCAUAAUUUGCGUUCUAUCCUGAUUUUAUUAUCCAAAUUUAAAGAUAUUGUAAGCCAUGCAAGCGUACCAUUUGGCAAUGUAUAAAUAAAUCAUAUGUAUUUUUAUUUAAAAAUACGGGUAUUUAAGUAGACUAUGGAUGAUUCAUUUUAAUUUAAGUAUUUUGAUAACUAGUUAUGAUCAUUUUCUAAUUUGUGAAUGCUCUGUAAAUAGAAGUGUAUAAAUACAAAAUAAUUUGCAAGUUCUUGUGAGGAUCAGCGUCGUCGCUGAUGCAUGGGUUAGUGGAAUAAAAAUGCAUCGAUUGUGGCUUUCUUCAGAAUCUGUAAAAUAAUUUUAUAGAUAAAACGUAAGAUAGAUGUCUGAUUUUCGAAAUUAACCAGGAUGAUGAUGUAAAGAAAAUCUUGCCAUAGGUAAUGGCCGUUACAAAGUUUUUACAGUGGAAAUGUAUCUUACUGGUAAAAGCCAGAAAUUAAAGUGAUGUAUAAAUUGA